CACUUCGCAUCAAGCUCAACAGCACCACGAGCUACUGAACCACUUACUGUUGCGAUAUAGCUGUUCAACGGCAGCUACAGAAGGUCAGGAUGGUGCUACAAGAUAUUGGGACACCCGAGGACAGCUUCAGCGACAACCCGUACCCCUCCGACAACGAUGCCUACACAUCCACCGCCCCGGCCGGCCAACGAUACGAUGCCAGCAUCCUACCCCAACCGCUACCUUUCAUCGGGCCGCUCUUGGGCUUCUCCAGCGGCACCGUACGGUUCAAGACGGAAUCGACCCUCAAAUACGCCGAGAUGAAGCUCCACCGCCCCUUGACAGCCGAGGAAGCGCAAACUCUUGCUGGCCACCUAUACCAGCUUGAGCAGACCAAGUCAUACUUCACCGCCGCCGGCGCUGGCGCAGGCGUUUAUAGAUGGUACAAAACUUGGGAAUUGUGCCGAUAUCCGCUGUAUAAGCCAAAGCCCGAGGACAUAAAUCCGAACAAGUUUCUUUUCGUCAAGGGCCCAAUGGCCCAGUAUGCGCGACACAGCUGGAGACUUUUCUGCUAUGUUUUUGUUGCAGGCGAGCUGGGAAAACUUGUCGGGCAGAUCUUAGCGCAACCUGUUGCCGCGCAAGCCUCCGCGAACGACCCGAAGCUGGUGCAGUUUGCAGCGGACCUCAAGAACUCCAUCUCGUCGGAUACUGCACGUAUGAACAACAGGACCGCACGGUCGAGCGCCGACGAAAGGAGGGCAGCGUGGGAGGCUGCGGCCAAGUCUAGAGCGGGCGGGGACGCAAACACCGAGUCACGGUCGAGCGUUCAGAAACCCACAUACGGCGAUGAUGACAUGUCUCCUACCGCAGGAAACGAGCCGUGGCCCUCGUCACCAGACAACUCCUGGGGCGACUCGAGCUUCUCGUCGGAAUCAGCGCCUACAACGCAGUCGCGACAGCAACCUUACAGUCAGCAACCGAGGAGACCAUCACACCGGGACGAAGACGACACCUCACCGACAGGAGGAAUGUUUCAGGAUGAAGUGCAGAGCCAGUCGAAGUCCGGGGAGUCUGCGUGGGACCGCCUGCGCCGGGGAGGUGUGCCGACACCGCAAGGUCCGCCACCAUCUAUGAGCAGGCGGCAGCCGCCGCACCAGGAGCAAAGAGAGGGUUCUACUCUAGGCGAUAGCUUCACGUUCGUGGACUCCGAUGAUGAUCGAAGAAGAGAAAGAGAGAGAGCAAAGAAGGAAUUUGAUGCGAGGAUCGACCAAGAAAGGCAGGGCAAGGACUUCAACGAAAACAGAAGGUGGUAGUAGCAGUUGUUGGUUAAGGAUGGUAUGGCCCUGGCGUGGUGUGGGAUCUCCGAGAAUUGUGCGCCGAGUACGGCGGUGAAUGGUAGUACGUGGAUCGAAGAGGUUCGAAUUCUUGCAUGCUUUGUAACAGCUAGGUAUGUACAAUACGAAGUCCAGUAUUCCUACUGUUCUUUCCUCCUCUAUUGUGAUCUUGGGACAUGAUUGAGCAAGCUCCGGCCUUGUACAUACAUGUUAUAUACUGCCACGACCCAUCGCGCCCUGCUAUCUCAAC